AUGAACAUUCUUGUGGGAUUUUCAGAGACAGUGAAGGGAUAUCGUGUAUAUUAUCCUAUAACAAAUAUUAUAACUAUUAAGAGAGAUAUAAUAGUGAUGGAAGAAAAGAAAGUAUCAUCAGAAAAGAUUGAAGAAGACACAGCAGAAUGGAUACAGAAUGAUGUAGAAAUUGAAGAUCAUGAAUCUCCUACAAUUAAAGAUGGCAGAGAUUCAGUGGGGGAGCCUUCAGUGAAUGAAUCUCUCCAUGACUCAGAUUCCGCAUACAUCUGUAUAUACUGA